UGGCAACACCUACUCUGUCAUUAGCACAACCUUCAUAUAGUCCACCAUUUAUCUGCACGUGAGUCAAAACAACCGGCACCAUUUUAUUCAAAAGAGUUUUUACGGGGUUUGUCAGGCGACUAUCGACCAUGUCAAAUCCUCAAUGUUUCUUUGAUGUCACAAUAGACAAGAAGCCGGCAGGCCGCAUUUGUUUUGAGUUGCGAGCAGAUGUGGUUCCCAAAACAGCAGAAAACUUCCGUGCACUCUGCACUGGAGAGAAGGGUUUUGGCUUUGCUAAUUCCAUUUUCCACAGAAUCAUCCCUGGAUUCAUGAUACAGGGCGGUGAUUUCACUAAACAUAAUGGAACAGGAGGAAAGAGUAUCUAUGGGAACAAAUUUCCUGAUGAGAACUUCCAGCUGAAGCACACAGGACCAGGAAUAUUAUCAAUGGCAAAUGCUGGAAAAGAUACAAAUGGUUCUCAAUUCUUCAUAUGCACAGAAAAGACAGCCUGGCUUGACGGUAAACAUGUUGUGUUCGGCCAAGUGACAGAUGGCAUGGACGUGGUGAGGAAGAUGGAGGAAUGUGGUUCUAACAAUGGGAAGACUUCCAAAAGUGUGGGCAUUGCCAAGUGUGGUGUAUUUUGAAAAGAACUUGGGAGGGGCUGAAACAUUAUACAACUCUAGACAGAUCCACUAGUGGAGGAACCCAGACUAGUGAAUUCAUGAUUCUCCAGAAAAGCUGUCUAAUCAACUUAUUAUCCUCUCAAUAAAGGAUCAGAUCCAAUAAAUGAUGAACAUGAA